ACAAAUUUCAGAAAUGUAUUUGCCACUAUCCAGAAAGUAAAAACCAUGGCAUCAUCUAUGGAAGCUAAUUUCUUCAUACUUUUUUUGUUGGUUUUCUGUUCUUGUAUACACAAUAUUAUUUCUACUACAACAACAGAUUUAAUCAGUACAAAUCAAUUCAUCAUAGAUGGUGAAACUAUUGUUUCAUCCGGUGGAACCUUUGAGCUGGGAUUCUUCAGUCCCAGCGAUUCCUCAAAUCGAUAUAUUGGGAUUUGGUACAAGCAAAUACUUCCACAUAUCCAAACAGUUGUAUGGGUAGCAAACAGAGAAAAACCACUCACGAAUACAUCUUCAGUACAACUGAAGGUCACCAAGCCUGGAAUACUUGCUCUUUUCAACGACAAGAAUCAAACUAUAUGGUUUACUAACACCUCAAGAUCAGUCCAGAAUCCAGUUGCAGUGCUUUUAGAUUCUGGUAAUCUUGUUGUAAAAGAUGCAAAUGAUAACAAUCCAGAAGAUUUCCUCUGGCAGAGCUUCAAUUUUCCGACUGAUACGCACUUGCCCGAUAUGAAGCUUGGCAAGAAUUUUAAAACUGGCCAUGAGGUUUACCUUUCAGCAUGGAAGAGUGAUAAUGAUCCAGCUCCAGGAGAAUUUACUCGUAAUAUUGAUCCUACUGGAUAUCCACAGGUUCUCACCAAACGUGGCACAGAUGUAUUAAACCGUAUAGGACCAUGGAAUGGUUUACGAUGGAGUGGGGCACCCAUACCACUACUAACACAAAGCAAACUUUAUACAUUUCAAUUUAUUUUCAAUGAGGAGGAGGUUUACUAUAUUUUUUCUCUCACUAAUUACAGCUCGGUUUUAUCAAGAAUAGUCAUCACUAGCAAUGGUGAUAUAGAACGCUUCAUGUGGGUGGAGCAGACAAAGAGAUGGCAUAGCCACUACAAGUUACCUGCGGAUAAUUGUGAUACAUAUAGGUUGUGUGGUGAGCAUGGGAGCUGUGACUUAGGUACUCAACCUAUUUGUAGAUGUUUGGAGAAGUUUGUACCUAAAAAUCCACAACAGUGGGAAAAGGGAGAUUGGACAACAGGGUGUGUUCGGAGGACACCCUUAGAUUGCAAAAGGGAACAUGUAUUUAUAAGAUAUCCUGGAAUCAAGUUGCCAGAUACUAAGCACUCUCAGCACGAUAAAACCAUGACACUUGAAGGGUGUAGGCAAGAAUGCUCCACGAACUGCAACUGCACAGCUUAUUCAAGUCUAGAUAUAAGUAACGGAGACAAAGGUUGCUUAUUGUGGUUUGGGGAAUUGGUUGACAUCAGAAAGCUGUCAGAAAGAGGACAAGACAUUUUCAUCAAGAUGGAUUCUUUAGAGGGAGAAUCUGAGGCAGGUUCAAAAAGAAAUAAGGCAAUGAUACUCACACUCAUGAGUUUCUCAUUGUUGAUGGCAAUGAUUCUGCUAAGCCUGAUUUUUUUGUUGCACAAACGGAAAAAGAAGAAGAAACUGCUACUCAAAGAAGAUUUUGCACUGCAAAUGUUCCAAUUGUCGACAUUAACAAGAGCCACAAAUAACUUUUCGCUCAACAACAAGAUUGGAGAAGGUGGAUUUGGAGCUGUUUACAAGGGAUUGCUGGAAGAGGGGCAAGAAAUUGCCGUGAAGAGACUGUCAAGGACUUCCAUGCAAGGAAUUGAUGAGUACAAGAAUGAAGUUAUCUAUAUUGCCAAGCUUCAGCAUCGAAAUCUUGUGAGACUUCUGGGCUGCUGCAUCCAAGGGGAUGAAAAGAUGUUGAUCUAUGAAUACAUGCCUAACAGAAGCCUGGAUUCGUACAUAUUUGAUCAAACAAAGAAAAAAUUACUUGAUUGGCCAAAGCGUUUCCACAUCAUCAAUGGAAUUGCUCGUGGUUUAUUAUAUCUCCAUCAAGAUUCUCGACUACGAAUUAUUCACAGAGACCUUAAAGCAAGCAAUGUUUUACUAGAUAUAGAAAUGAAUCCAAAGAUAUCAGACUUUGGCAUGGCCAAAAGUGUUACAGGAAAUGAGAUGGGAGCAAAAACACACAAUGUAGUUGGGACAUAUGGUUACAUGUCCCCAGAAUAUGCAGUAGAUGGGAUGUUCUCGGUAAAAUCAGAUGUAUUUAGCUUUGGCGUCUUGUUGUUAGAGAUAGUGAGUUGCAAGAGAAAUAGAGGAUUUGUCCAUCAAGAUCACAACCUUAACCUUCUCGGUCAUGCAUGGAAGCUUUACAAAGAAGAUAAGUCCUUGGAACUAGUUGAUGAGCAGCUGGCUGAUUCUUGCAAUAUUUCUCAAGUUUUGAGGUCAAUCCAAGUGGGUUUAUUAUGCGUGCAACAACAUCCAGAUGAUAGACCAAGCAUGUUUUCUGUGGUUCAGAUGUUGGCUAAUGAGAGUCUACUUCCAAAAGCAAAAGAACCGGGAUUUUUCAUAGAACGAGACGUAUUUGGUGAAGAGAAAUCAGGAUCGCAGACAGGAAGUUCAAAAAAUGAUGUCACAAUCACAUUGUUAGAUCCUCGACUAUUCAAACGGAAUAAAUAUGGUGCCGUGUCCCAAAGGAUCAUAUGGAAUAAAUGCAAAUUUCAUAAAUGUAUAGCUGAUCAAACGCUUAGACCUCAAGGCAUAUCUAUGGAAACUUGUUUCUUCCUACUUUUUCUGUUGGCUUUCUGCUCUUCUAUACACAAUAAUUUUUCUACAAACUUAAUCACUACAAAUCAAUCCAUCAUAGAUGGUGAAACUAUUGUUUCAAACGGUGGAACCUUUGAGCUGGGAUUUUUCAGCUCCAGCGGUUCCUCAAAUCGAUAUAUUGGGAUAUGGUACAAGCAAAUUCUUUCUCAUGUACAAACGGUUGUAUGGGUUGCAAACAGAGAGAAACCACUCACCAAUACAUCUUCAGUCGUUUUGAAGGUCACCAAGCCGGGAAUACUUACUCUUCUUAACGACAAGAAUGAAACUAUAUGGUCCACUAACACCUCAAGAUCAGUCCAAAAUCCAGUUGCAGUGCUUUUAGAUUCUGGUAAUCUUGUUGUUAAGGAUGAAAAUGUUGACAAUCCAGAAGAUUUCCUCUGGGAGAGUUUCAAUUUUCCAACGGAUACGCACUUGCCUGGUAUGAAGCUAGGCAAGAAUUUUAGAACUGGACAUGAGGUUUACCUUUCAGCAUGGAAGGAAGAUAAUGAUCCAGCUCCAGGUGAAUUCACUCGUACCAUCGAUCCUACUGGAUAUCCACAGUUACUCACCAAACGUGGCCCAAGUGUAUCGGCUCGUAUAGGACCAUGGAAUGGUUUACAGUGGAGUGGGUCACCCAUACCUCUACUAGAAUGCUGCCAUUUCCAAUUUGGUUUCAAUGAGGAGGAGGUUUACUAUGGCUAUACACUCAUUAACAGUUCGACUAUAACAAGACUAGUCCUGACUAGCAGCGGUUAUAUACAACGUUUGACGUGGGUGGAACGGACAAAGAGAUGGCAUAUUUACUACAAUUUACCAGCGGAUAAUUGUGAUACACAUAGCUUAUGUGGUGCCUAUGGGAGCUGUGACAUAGAUAAUACUCCGGUUUGUGGAUGUCUGGAAAAGUUUGUAGCUAAAUAUCCACAACAAUGGGAAAGGGGAGAUUGGUUAGAAGGGUGCGUACGGAAGACACCUCUAGACUGCAACAAGGAACAUGUGUUCAUAAAAUAUUCUGGAAUCAAGUUACCGGAUACUAAGCACUCUCAUUACAAUAAAACAAUGACACUCGAAGACUGUAGGAAGGUAUGCUUCAGGAACUGCUCUUGCACAGCUUAUUCAAGUCUAGAUAUAAGCAACGGAGACAAAGGCUGCUUACUAUGGUUUGGGGAAUUGAUUGACAUCAGAAGGCUGUCUGAAAGAGGACAAGACAUUUACAUCAGGAUGGAUUCUUCAGAGCAAGAAUCUGAGGCAGGUUCAAAAAGAAAGAAGGCAAAGAUACUCACAUUGAGUUUCUCAUUGUUGAUGGCAAUGAUUCUGCUUAGCCUGAUUUUGUUGUUGUACAAACGGAAAAAGAAGAAGAAACUGCAACACAAAGAAGAUUUUGAGCUGCCACUGUUCCAAUUGUCAACCAUAACAAGAGCCACAGAUAACUUUUCACUCAACAACAAGAUUGGAGAGGGUGGAUUUGGACCUGUUUACAAGGGAGUGCUGGAAGAGGGACAAGAAAUUGCUGUGAAGAGACUGUCAAGGACUUCCAUGCAAGGACUUGAUGAAUACAAGAAUGAAGUUAUCUACAUUGCCAAGCUUCAGCAUCGAAAUCUUGUGAGACUUCUAGGCUGCUGCAUCCAAGGGGAAGAAAAGAUGUUGAUAUAUGAAUACAUGCCUAACAAAAGCCUGGAUUCAUACAUAUUUGAUAAAACAAAGAGCAAAUUACUUGAUUGGCCAGAGCGUUUCAACAUCAUAAAUGGAAUUGCUCGCGGCUUAUUAUAUCUUCAUCAAGAUUCUCGACUACGAAUUAUCCAUAGAGACCUUAAAGCAAGCAAUGUUUUGCUAGAUACAGAUAUGAAUCCUAAAAUAUCAGACUUUGGCAUGGCUAGAAGUGUUGCAGGAAAUGAGAUGGGAGCAAAAACACGCAAUGUGGUUGGGACACAUGGGUACAUGUCCCCAGAAUAUGCAGUAGAUGGGAUCUUCUCGGUAAAAUCAGAUGUUUUUAGUUUUGGUGUCUUGUUGUUAGAGAUUGUGAGUUGCAAGAGAAAUAGAGGAUUUGUCCAUCAAGAUCACAACCUUAAUCUUCUCGGUCAUGCAUGGAAGCUUUACAAAGAAGAUAUGUCCUUGGAACUAAUUGAUGAGCAACUAAACAAUUCUUUCCAUAUAUCUCAAGUUUUGAGGUUAAUCCAUGUGGGUUUAUUAUGCGUGCAACAAAAUCCAGCUGAUAGACCAAACAUGUCUUCUGUGGUUCAUAUGUUGGCUAAUGAGAGUCUACUGCCAAAAGCAAAAGAACCGGGAUUUUUCACAGAACGAAACAUAUUUGAUAAAGAAAAAUCAGGAUCGCAGACAGGAAGUUCAAAAAAUGAAGUCACAAUCACAUUGCUAGAUCCUCGGUAGAGUGUAAACAAGAAAACUAUUUUGACUUGUGUGCACAUGAAUAGUAAUUUUAGAAAUAGCAUAGAAGUUUGAUUCUUGACUAAUAUAACAACAUCUAUAUUAAACAGCAAUUUGGAU